GUAGAUCUUCAAGCAGUGUGCCCCAGCAGACGUCGCAGUUGUGCCCUGGUUAACACCCCCUCACCAUGUGUCAACAAAGCUGUUUGCCAUAUUCAGGAGCUGAAGAGGAAAGUGGAGAACUGGUGUCAACAGGUAAGAUUCUGAUGUCUUAGUGUGAUCAUGCAAAAAAGCUUUUUGAGAUAAUUAUUAUGGGCCAAAAAUCACUGAUAUGAAAAAAAAAAUACAUUUCUGUCAUUUGUCCUCCUGUCCCCUCUACCAGUCAGGAAAUGUUCAGCGUCAGAUGUCUCAUGAAAAACAGAAAAACAGCAAAACUUUUAGGUAAGAUGUAUCUUUUUUGUCCUAUGUUAUGUCCUAUGUGACUUUCCACACCUCCAACCCUUACACACAAGCACACACACACACACACACACACAACCACCCAUAAGCAAACACAUACAAGCACACACACACACACACACACACACACACACACAGUCUUGUUUAACUAACCUUGUGGGGACACACAAUUGAUUCUCAUUCAAAGUCCUAUUUUCCCUAACGCUUACCCUAACCUUAAUCCCAAAAUCUAACCUUAAUCCUAACUCCUAAUUCUAACCCUAGCACUAAUCCUAACCUAAACCCCCUAGAAAUAGCCUUUUCCCUUGUUGGGACCAACAAAAUGUCUCCUGUUGGUCAAAUGUUUGUUUACUAUUCUUGUGGGUUAUAGUUUAACACGUCCACAACCACCCAUAAACAAACCCACACAAGCACACACAUGCACACAGACUCACACAAAUACACACACACACACAUACACAGUCAACUCUGGUGUUCUAUUAUAUACUAUUUUCAACUGCAUGACCAAGACACUAUAUUUGUAAAUACAGUCAUACUGGACAUAGCACAUUCAUGAUGUAUACUGUAUAUCCUAUUGUGUAUAUAUCAGGCUAAUACUAUGCAUACUAACGCUUCUAUUACUUGUUAUUUUUGACUUGACUCUUAUUAUUACUGCAAUGUUGAGGGAGUUAGCACACAAGCAUUUCGCUGCACCUUUCAAACAUUCUGUAAACUGUGUACCUGACGAAUACAAUUGGAUUCUAUCUUUCUUCAUUUAAAGCAGGGGUGUCAAACGUCCGGCCCGCGGGCCGGAUCAGGCCCGCAAACGGGUUUAAUCCGGCCCGCGAGAUGAUUUUGAAAAGAAAAUAUAUAUAAAAAACAAAACAAAAAAAAAACAAUUUUUGUAAAGUAUAAAAAUGCGCUGCAAUUUUUCAAUAAAAUAAACUGCUGUUCCAAUUGCGUCCGCUGGAUGGCGCAAUAGCAAUUGUGUUAAGCAAGCAAACUGUUUAUACUGGGGCAGAGCAAGUAGGUCAAGCACGUGCAGCCAAUGAGCUACUUUGUUUUGCCCGCGAUAUUUAUUACGGCUUCUACUUUUAACAUUAUGUGCUUUGGCACCCUCAUUGCCCCAAUAUGUCUCUGUCAAAAAAGAGAAAAGUGGACGCAGAGUGCAGAGUGUUCCAAGAAAAAUGGUCAUCCUAUUUAUUCACGGAAUUGAAUGGGAAAGCUGUAUGUUUGGUGUGUUCAGAGCAUGUUGCAGUGCUGAAAGAAUAUAACCUUCGUCGCCACUAUGUGAGUCUUCAUGCCGACAAAUAUGACAACUUUCAAGGACAGCGGAGAUGAGAGAAGGUGAAUGAACUGUUGGCCGGUCUGAAGAAACAGCAGUCUGUGUUUACUCACAGCCGAGACAUCAGUGACGCUGCAGUGAAAGCUAGCUACCUCAUUGCUAAUGAAAUCGCAGUGGCUUCAAAACCAUUUAGUGAGGGUGAAUUUGUAAAAACAUGCAUGAUGAAGGCAGCGGAGAUUGUGUGCCCUGAAAAGCGGCAGGCUUUUGCAAAUAUCAGCCUGACAAGAAACACAGUUGCAGACAGGAUUUCCGAUCUUUCAGUGGAUUUGGACAGCCAGUUGAAGCAAAAAGUAAAGUCAUUUAUUGCGUUUUCGGUUGCAAUUGAUGAAAGCACGGACAUUACAGAUGUUGCACAACUGGCCAUUUUCAUCCGCGGAGUUGAUGACACAUUGACCGUCACCGAGGAGUUCGUGGAGUUGGUGCCGAUGACAGAUACAACGACAGCAGCUGAUAUUUUUACCGCACUCGUCGGCGCGCUGGACAGGGUCGGAGUGGACUGGUCCCGCGCUGUCAGCCUGGCUACAGAUGGUGUGCCCUCAAUGAUCGGGAAAAAAGCAGGCGUUGUGACAAAGUUCAGAGAGAAAGUGCAAUCUGCAAAUGGAGGACGUGAUUUUUUGACUUUUCACUGUAUUUUGCACCAGGAGGCUUUGUGUUGCAAGUCAUUAAAGAUGGAUAACGUCAUGAAGGUGGUCAUCCAAACUGUUAAUUUCAUCCGAUCCAGAAGCCUGAAUCACCGUCAGUUUGACAGCCUUCUCAGAGAGAAAGACCACAUCUAUGGCCUGCCAUACCACACUGAGGUAAGAUGGUUAAGCCGAGGUGCUGUGCUGAGGCGUUUCUUUGAUUUACGAGAAGAAAUUGAACAGUUCAUGGAAGAAAAGGGCAAACCAGUGUUAGAAUUUCAUUCCGCAGAAUGGAUGCAGGACCUUGCAUUUAUGGUGGAUGUUACAAUGCACCUGAAUAACUUGAACAAACAGCUGCAAGGGCGCAACAAAGUUGUCACGCAGUAUUAUGACAGCAUACGUUCUUUCAAGUUGAAGCUGUCAUUGUGGGAGACGCAACUUGCCGGUGGUGAUGCAGCUCACUUCCCCUGUCUGAAAAAUGUGUGCGCGACCCAACAUGUGGCAGACAUGAAGCGGUUCAAAGAUAACAUAACGGGACUGUUACGGGAGUUUGAGCAACGCUUUCAGAUGUAUGUUUAUAUGUUUUUAUGUUGAUGUGCUAUUGUUUUUAAUUGAUUUUAUUUUAUUUGUAUAUUUAACCUAUUCUUGACUCUGUGGUUCUUGCACUUGUUUGGGGAACAGGAUUUCAUUAUUUUUAUCUACAUUUCUGCCUGAGAAAUGACACCCUGAUAUAGUUCUGUGAUCUGUGAUAUACUUCUGUGAAUCACUGAGGCAUUGUGUGUUUGUGUGUUCUUUGUCCUCAGAACUUUCAAAUAACUUGAGGUGUUUUAUGAUUAAUAGUGAUGUUGUGCUUUUGGACACUGUCCUCAGGCUCCAGCUUUAUGUUUAUAUGUUUUUAUGUUGAUGUGCUAUUGUUUUUAAUUGAUUUUAUUUUAUUUGUAUAUUUAACCUAUUCUUGACUCUGUGGUUCUUGCACUUGUUUGGGGAACAGGAUUUCAUUAUUUUUAUCUACAUUUCUGCCUGAGAAAUGACACCCUGAUAUAGUUCUGUGAUCUGUGAAACAGUUCUGUUAAUCACUGAGGCAUUGUGUGUUUGUGUGUUCUUUGUCCUCAGAACUUUCAAAUAACCUGAGGUGUUUUAUGAUUAAUAGUGAUGUUGUGCUUUUGGACACUGUCCUCAGGCUCCAGCUUUAUGUUUAUAUGUUUUUAUGUUGAUGUGCUAUUGUUUUUAAUUGAUUUUAUUUUAUUUGUAUAUUUAACCUAUUCUUGACUCUGUGGUUCUUGCACUUGUUUGGGGAACAGGAUUUCAUUAUUUUUAUCUACAUUUCUGCCUGAGAAAUGACACCCUGAUAUAGUUCUGUGAUCUCUGAAACAGUUCUGUUAAUCACUGAGGCAUUGUGUGUUUGUGUGUUCUUUUUCUUUAGAAUUUUCAAAUAAACUUGACGUGUUUUAUGAUUAAUAGUGAUGUUGUGCUUGUACUAUUUUGGACACACUGUCCUCAGGCUCCAGCUUUAUGUUGUAUGUUGAUCGUAUUAAAACAAAGAAAACAAUCUGAAGUUGUUGUUUUUAAGAUAUAUAUACCAUGAUUUUUCCGGUCCGGCCCACUUGGGAAUAGAUUUUCCUCCAUGUGGCCCCUGAGCUAAAAUGAGUUUGACACCCCUGAUUUAAAGCUUUACAUUUACAGCAAUUAAUGUUCCUAUUUCUUCAGGUAUGUGAAGAAAUGUGUUCCAUCUUUUCCAGAUUGAAUUCCAGUGAAUAUGUGUCUUCAAUGAUGCCUACAGAGUUAUACAUUGAAGGCAUUGGACUAAGUGCAAGAGGUGAAAGAGGUGAAUAUUUUUAAUUUGUUUAUUUAUUUUCUCAAAUGAGAGAGAUAGAGUACACAGACUUGUGUCACGUGAUGAAGUCCAUGAACACAACAAAAUGUACAGUGUAAUGGCAUCUAUAACGUGCACAUUAUUCUGAAUCAACCAUAUACAGUACAGCCCCUAUUGUUUGCAGAUGCUUUCUGUACAAUGAGUCCACUUUUAUUUUAUUUUAGCUUAGGUAAUCUGACAAUUAUCAAUAUUUUUCAAUAGAUAAGGCUACUGGUAUACAUACACUAUACGAACAUCUUUCUUCCUUCAUACAGAGGGUGACCUGUUGUCUCCGCUGCGUAAGGAAACCACGGACGUCCUGGUAGAAGUGGUGUAUCUGAUUGAACGUCUGGAAGCUGAUCGCCAGGAUGCAGAGGAGGCUCUACAGUCGGAGAAGAAGAGAAGGAGAACUUUAGGGAGGAAAAUGUAUAGUAUUUCACUGUGGAAGCAGCAGGAGUUCCCUGUUGCUGUCCAGAAAGGUCAGUCAGUGGCAUAAAGACAAAGAUCCCUUAAAGAAAGGUCAUUCAUGUUAUUAUCACUCUUUUAUUAUGAGGAUUAUUCUGUAACACUAGUUGUUGAAGACAAAAUAAACUGUCAUCUAGUAGGUUUUGUAAGUUCUUUAUAUAUUGCUUACAAUGCUGCUUUACCUGAAACCUGGAUAUGUACUGUUUCUCUCCAGAGCAUGAGGCCUGUACCAGAGACAUCAGUGAAUUGAAAUGGCAUCUGAAAUUGGGAAGAGAUAAACUUCACCAAGUGAAAGAUAGAAUGAUCAAGACAGAGGUUUUGAACCAGCGGUUAAAUGAGGACAUUGAUUUCAUCAAGAAAAAUGGGCCUCUUGUGAAGGAAAAACUGCAGCUGGAGAGCGAUUUCAUGAUCCAAAUUAAUACGGCUCAACACGAGGUACUCUUCACAAUGAAUUUUGUUUAUUAGUUUUUUUCUACAGUUAUUGUCACAUAUAUAUAUUGCAUAUAAUAUAUUGCAUAUUUAUAUUUUUGUUGUUGUUUUAGGCCCUUGAGACAUUUUCAAAGACCUUCAGUGAACUCAAGAGUUGUCAAGAAGAGAUGAGAAAGGAAGAACUGAAAGCGGAUGAGGAUAGAGGGUUGAUGUUCAAUGAACUUAAGGGCAUCAGGAAUCUGCUAAAUGACAGACUGUGAGUACCAUGCACAGCAUAUUAAAUAGUAUUACAGUAUCUGAUAGUUACUCAAAGUUUUUUUUAGAUAAAGGUUGAGUGUCUCAAAUGUAUUGUUUUCAACUUAAACAUGUCACAUGUACUGCAACUACAUAGAAGGAACUAAAUGAAUAAUUGUAGGAGUAAUCUGUCCUGUUAGGUCUCGAAUAUCUCUGUAAUCACGUGGUAACUUAAUCUAACAGUGUUGUUAUAAAGUACUUACAACUGUAGCGCCAUGCUUGCAGUUUACGCAAUUAGACAUACAGUGAGGGAAAAAUUUAUUUGAUCCCCUGCUGAUUUUGUAUGUUUGCCCACUGACAAAGACAUUAUCAGUCUAUAAUUUUAAUGGUAGGUUUAUUUGAACAGUGAGAGACAGAAUAACAACAAAAAAAUCCAGAAAAACACAUGUCAAAAAUGUUAUAAAUUGAUUUGCAUUUUAAUUAGGGAAAUAAGUAUUUGACCCCUCUGCAAAACAUGACUUAGUACUUGGUGGCAAAACCCUUGUUGGCAAUCACAGAAGUCAGACGUUUCUUGUAGUUGGCCACCAGGUUUGCACACAUCUCAGGAGGGAUUUUGUCCCACUCCUCUUUGCAGAUCUUCUACAAGUCAUUAAGGUUUCGAGGCAGACGUUUGGCAACUCAAACCUUCAGCUCCCUCCACAGAUUUUCUAUGGGAUUAAGGUCUGGAGACUGGCUAGGCCACUCCAGGACCUUAAUGUGCUUCUUCUUGAGCCACUCCUUUGUUGCAUUGGCCGUGUGUUUUGGGUCAUUGUCAUGCUGGAAUACCCAUCCACGACCCAUUUUCAAUGCCCUGGCUGAGGGAAGGAGGUUCUCACCCAAGAUUUGACGGUACAUGGCCCCGUCCAUCGUCCCUUUGAUGCGGUGAAGUUGUCCUGUCCCCUUAGCAGAAAAACACCUCCAAAGCAUAAUGUUUCCACCUCCAUGUUUGACGGUGGGGAUGAUGUUCUUGGGGUCAUAGGCAGCAUUCCUCCUCCUCCAAACACGGCGAGUUGAGUUGAUGCCAAAGAGCUCGAUUUUGGUCUCAUCUGACCACAACACUUUCACCCAGUUCUCCUCUGAAUCAUUCAGAUGUUCAUUGGCAAACUUUAGACGGCCCUGUAUAUGUGCUUUCUUGAGCAGGGGGACCUUGCGGGCGCUGCAGGAUUUCAGUCCUUCACGGCGUAGUGUGUUACCAAUUGUUUUCUUGGUGACUAUGGUCCCAGCUGCCUUGAGAUCAUUGACAAGAUCCUCCCGUGUAGUUCUGUGCUGAUUUCUCACCGUUCUCAUGAUCAUUGCAACUCCACGAGGUGAGAUCUUGCAUGGAGCCCCAGGCCGAGGGAGAUUGACAGGUCUUUUGUGUUUCUUCCAUUUGCGAAUAAUCGCACCAACUGUUGUCACCUUCUCACCAAGCUGCUUGGCGAUGGUCUUGUAGCCCAUUCCAGCCUUGUGUAGGUCUACAAUCUUGUCCCUGACAUCCUUGGAGAGCUCUUUGGUCUUGGCCAUGGUGGAGAGUUUGGAAUCUGAUUGAUUGCUUCUGUGGACAGGUGUCUUUUAUACAGGUAACAAACUGAGAUUAGGAGCACUCCAGAGUGUGCUCCUAAUCUCAGCUCGUUACCUGUAUAAAAGACACCUGGGAGCCAGAAAUCUUUCUGAUUGAGAGGGGGUCAAAUACUUAUUUACCUCAUUAAAAUGCAAAUCAAUUUAUAACAUUUUUUUUCAUGCGUUUUUCAGGAUUUUUUUGUUGUUAUUCUGUCUCUCACUGUUCAAAUAAACCUACCAUUCAAAUUAUAGACUGAUCAUUUCUUUGUCAGUGGGCAAACUUACAAAAUCAGCAGGGGAUCAAAAACUUUUUUCCCUCACUGUAUAUGCAAAGUUGAUGAAUAAUUUGACUUCAAAAGAUGAUAAAUUGUAUUAUUUUGUCCAGAACUGAGUUCCAGCAGCUGAUAGAUUAUUGGGACGGCUACUGCAUUACAGUGAGGGAGACAGAGGAGAGGGUGGCUCUGAAAGAGGAGGAGUGGGGAGUCAUGUCACAACGUAUCCCUGUGCUAGAGGUGCAGGAGACUGCAGUCAAUGAUCUGGUGAGGACUGUACUGUGCUAACUGUGUACUGUAUGAUACGUCAGCACAUGUGGGCCAGUCUGUAACUUAAAUGAUUUUCACCACUGUGAACAACUGCAUCUAUCAUAAUUAAUGAAUCAAUGAAUUAAUGAGGAAUUUGACUUAAGAAAUAUGCUAAAACAUUCACAAAAGUUCCUUACACUUUGAGAAUACAAUGUAUAGUUAUUUUUUGGUCACAGGUUGUGGAGCUGAACAUAUUAAUUGAGGUUGAAGGUAGAAAAAUUGCACAAUUAAAGGAGGAGAUUUCAGAGCUGCAGAAAGAAGUCCAUGCAACUGUAAGUGAUGAUAGUUAUUGUUGACAUUUUAAUAUUUUUCACAAUACUUUAUUUAUUGCAUACGAUUUAUUGCAUAUUUAUUGCUUCCUAACGUUGCAUCCGGGGCAUAUUCCAGAGACUUGCAGGUGAAGCGGCGGUCUCUCACUCCGAGGAGGUGUUCUGUAAGAAACAUCAGGAGAUCUUGGCUCUCCACGAGGAAAACAAAGAGUAUGAACUGGAGACUGAGGACUACAGUAAGAUGAUCUAUAAGAGGUACUGUAUAUCAUUUGUGUGUGUGUGUGUGUAUACUUAUGUACGUGUGUGUGUGCAUACUUACGUACGUGUGUGUGUGUGUCCAUCAGUAAGCAGGCUGUGAAGCAGCUUCAGAAGGAGAGGAAGGGCAUGCUGCAGAAGAUCAGUGUGAACGAGGAACAGAGAGAAGAGGCCAAGGAGGAGCUGUCCCAGGUGGCAGCAAUGCACGCUAACACCAAGGUCAACCUGGAUGACCUGGAGCAGCAGACCUUCAUGGAGGAGCAGAGGAUGAGGGUCCGUGUGGAAAGAGACAUGCACUUAACUCGACAUUCAUGCACUCUUACCUGUAGUAUGAUCAAGGCUACAUAUGUAGGAUCUUAAUUUGCAAUGCAGGACAUUUUACAUUUGUAGUGUAUUUGAGGUUUAAAAAGGCUUGUGAAGUUUGUAAUUUCCACUGAGAUUUCAGACAUGAUUUUCCCUUACGAAAAAUGUAUCAACCCCUACAAAAAUGUCCAUGAAUUAUAAUCCACAUAAUAAUUUUAAUUUCUUGUUGCGGCAGGAUUAUUUUCCUGCUAUAGCAAACUGGCUCAAAUUAAGAUCUUACAUCUGUAGAGAUCCAUGCACUCUUACCUGUAGUACCAUGCACAUAACUAGAGAUCCAUGCACUGUUUUUAUCAGAAUUUAUGAGGGUAAGUUAGAGACACUAAUUUAUAAAUGGAAUCCUACAUAGAGAGAAGGUUGCAUAUCCCCAUUGACACAAGUGUCUGAUGUUUAGAUUCAGCCCUCUGACCAUUAGAUAUUGUCAAUCACAUAAUCUGCACUAGUUGUCGGUGAGAGAAGCACAUGCUUUUAAAGAUUCAUCCAUGCUUGGAGUCUCUCUACCAAGGUGUGUUUGUGAAAAGAGCACUUGCAGAUAGACAUUCAGAUAUGCACUAGUAGAUUAAUGUACGAUGAUGGAGUGGGCUUCUUUACUAGUGUUACUGAUGCAACACAUAUACAUAUCUCCUCAGAAAGUGACUGAGAAUCUGAAGAAAGACAUGAUGAGCGAGAUGAAAGCCAUGGCCAUUCUGAAGGUAAAUCUCUUCUGUACAGUUUCGACUUUCACGGUUGGUUCUGUCAAGUAUAUUUUUACUAUCAGGUGUGUUAUAAAACCAGUAAUUUCAUAAGACUGAUCUUGGAAAGUGAUAUGAUUCCUUGUGUACAACAGUUUUGUUCAGUUUUAAACUGUAUUUCAGGAUAAAUUAACAACGAUUAAAGCAGAAUUACACCAGGAGCAAACCAACACAGAAAACGCCAGAUGGAAACUUCAUAAGAAUUUUGAAGAGGCAUCAUCAGCUACAAAACAACUGGAAAUUGAAAUGGAAAAACUGAGAAAGAUUUACAAUUAUAAAUCUGAGGUAAUCUAACAUUUUAUGUUCAGUUUACUGUAUUUCCAACAUUUUUGUGAGAUAUGUUGAUUGUUUCAAAUUCAAUUGAUUAUUAAUUUAUCCGUUUCAGAAAAUUGAAAGUUUAAGGGAGAAACUCUGUGAUGUUCGAACAGAACACAAAAACACUUCAAAUUGUCUGAAAAAGGAAAGGAACCUGAAACUUGACCAUCUAAAUACUGUCAAGGUAAGAUAAAUCAAGGAUUUACACACAGUCACUUACCACAUUUUAAAAAGAGUGAGAAAUGUAAUAGAUAUUAGCACAACACAUUUCAUAAUAUCAUGUAUUCAAUCUAAUACACACGCAUGAUUUACAAGUGAUAAAGUAUUUGAAAUCAGAAGGUAGGUGGUGGGACUUAUUGAAAGUUAUUGAUGUUGAAAUCAAGCUGCCAAGUUUCAUUGUGGCGCAUGGUUCAUUAAUUUCAAUCUCGUUUAUCGUUGAUAGGAAUUACACCAAGAUGUUACCAAGAGGUUUGACCAUGCCUUGAGCAGAAUCGCAGUCCUCACUGCUAAAUCCAAAGAGUACAGAACAGGGUCUGACAGGAUGGAGGAAACAGCAGCCACUAUGCCAGAUGUCAUUGAAGAACUACAGUAAGAAUCUCUCCUCUCCUCACAACCACCCUCUGCUCUGCCAAUAUAAUAUAAUACCCCAUCCUUCUACCCCAUCCAGAUUAUUUGGAAUGUAUUAUCAUUGUAAGCCUGCUGCACCAGAGACCCUGGAAAGCUUGAAUGUAUUAGUUUGAUUCAUGCUGUGCUCAGAGCAUGAAGCGUCACCAUUAACUUUGAAGUCUUGGCUUUUCCAUCAUUGAUAUUACCACAGGAAUCAGCUUGGUAUUAUUCCAAAUCAAUUGAUUGUCGUUCACCUGUAUUUGACAUUUAUCAGGUCCAUCUUUGAUGCCGUAGAGUUCAAAAACCAAACAGCUACGUUGAUCAUGAACACCUUGGAACGUGAUAUCACCAACUGUCAACAACGGAUUGAGCAAGCAGUGCAAACUCACACUACUCUAUUCACAACCAGACAGCAAAAAAUGGAGGAAACCAAGGUAAAACACUGGGUCAUUUGGUUGAAUGCAAGGUGGUUUGGUUUAUGUUGUACUCACUGUAUUCGAUGUUAGUAUUACUGGUAUUCCUCAUACAGUUAAUUUUACUGGAAUUGAGACCAUAUACAGUAACAUUUAGGUAGGCUAAAAACAGGUAGGCUAAAAAUAUUUGUUAGUUUUCAAACAUGCCCAUUGGCAAUUGUCUUCAAAGUGGUAUAUUGUUAACAAACACAAGAGGAUGACUGAAAGGGUCCUCAGCUUAUUGUGUAGUUAUUUGUGGAUUAGUGUCACUAGAAUUACUCGCUACAAUCCGUUGUGAGAAGACCACAACAGCGUCCUAAGCAAUUAGAAUUACCAGCCAAGGUCAAUCGUGUUGUGUUUUUUAAAGGAGUGACAACUAACUGUUGGAGUAUAAAAUUAUUUAUGUCUGUGGUGUACAUUAUUUUAUAAUUAUGCUUUGUCUUAAAGUGGCAAUCAGCAGUUGAAAGAAUAACCAAGGGAGGUCCUCACCCCUGUUUCGGUACAGUUGAAUUAAGCUCAUGAGACAUUUAUAAGUUAUAUUCUUCAAGAAUCUUAUGGGGAUAUAUCAUUAAUUUAUAAGUCCAAAAAUGGAUGUAGGAACUGCAGAUUGCCCCUUUAAUGGGAGAGCCCUAUUUAUUGUAAGGUUUUCAUCUGCAGCAUGCAGGAUUAUCAGCCCAGCCAGAGCCUCGUGGCUGAUGGGAGUCUCACAUGGCUUAUCUAAUGUGAAAUCGCCAUGUGGUAUAGAGUUUCAUUAAACGGUGAUCAAGAAUGCAUUAGUUCAAAACAAGAAAAGGCAAUGGAGCUAGGCCGCCAUGCAUCCGUGAGCGCAGCAACUUUAAAGAAGUUGUUGGCGUGAGACAAUUUAAGAAUUAGGAAGUCUUCCUCAUAGACACAAGUCCCAUUAGCCUGGUAAAAGGCAAUCAUGCAAAAAUAGCUUUAGCCUUUUUCACUUGAAAAAUUUUAAUGGAAACAACAAUAGGCCUAUAGCCCCUCUCACCAAAUGAAAAGAUCAAGAGUUAGAGAGAGUGUUAAGUUAUAAGGAAAUUGGUUACUUUGAUCAUUAGGUUCAUUAGGUCCUAUAUAACUACUGCUGUACACAGUUUCUAUUCAUAUACUGUCCAUACUUUCUAUACACGUUCUGACAUUUCUUAAUUUCUUUCUUCUUACUUUUUGGAUUAUGUGCAUAUUGUUUUGUAUUGAUAGGUAUUAUUACUGCACUGUUGGAGCUAGAAACACAAGCAUUUCGCUGCACCUGCGAUAACAUUUGCAAAUCUGUGUACGCGACCAAUAAACUUGGAUUUGAUUUGAUUUGAAUAUAAAGCACACACAUAAUGUCCACAUUAGCAUAACGUAAUAAGCACACUAAGCAUUUGGGAACCGCUGUGCGUGACUCAGAGAACGAGUAAACACAGUAAUGACUGGACACAUUGAGAUAUAAAAUUACACAGGAGAAAGAUGCUGACCUCAUAUUAUCAUUGGAAGGCCCUGGAGGUCACUAUGGAUGUUGACUGUUGGGAUGUUAACUGUCAGGUAGAGCCCAUUAGUAUUGCUAACAGCUCAGAGGAGGCUUGUGUUUGUGUGUGGGGAGAGACUAAGAGGACCUUUCUGACCUGCAUCCCAUUGACAGCCCGAUUAGCCAAAAUCCAUAACUGACCCUUACCUUAACACUAACCUUAACAAAACCCUUAACCCUAACCGUAACCUAAUUUUCACCAAUUCGAAAAUGUAAUAUCGGUUUGCACGUCAGACACGUCCCCUUCGUUUUUCCUGUUUGUGUACGUGUGUGUGUGUGUGUGUGUGCGUGCGCUGGAUGGCAUGCUCAUCUGCUUUUUUCUCUUGGUGACAUUGUUACCACAUUUACUGGCCACCACAACACUGUUGUGUAUCCACAAACAGUUCCAUUCAACUCAAGAAGUCGCCCCAUACACUAAGUCAAUUGAAAUUAAAUUAAACAAAAUCAGCUGAAGUCCAGUUAUUCAGCAGGUACAGUGCCUUCAGAAAGUAUUCACACCCCUUAACUUUUUCCACAUUCUGUUGUGUGAAUUUAAAAUAGAUUAAAUUGAGAUUUUGUGUCACUGGCCUACACACAAUACCGCAUAAUGUCAAUGUGGAAUUAUGUUUUUCAAAAUCGUUACAAAUUAAUUAAAAAUGAAAAGCUGAAAUGUCUUGAGUCAAUAAGUAUUCAACCCCUUUCUUAUGGCAAGCCUAAAUAAGUUCAGGAGUAAAAAUGUGCUUAACAAGUCACAUAAUAAGUUGCAUGGACUCACUCUGUUUGUAAUAAUAAUGUUUAACAUUAUUUUUGAAUGACUACCUCAUCUCUGUACCCCACAGAUACAAUUAUCUGUAAGGUCGAGCAGUGAAUUUCGAACACAGAUUCAACCAUAAUGACCAGGGAGGUUUUCCAAUGCCUCGCAAAGAAAGGCACCUAUUGGUAGAUGUGUAAAAAUAUAAAAAGCACACAUUGAAUAUCGCUUUGAGCAUGAUGAAGUUAUUAAUUACACUUUGGAUUGUGUAUUAAUACACCCAGUCACUACAAAGAUACAGGCAUCCUUCCUAACUCAGUUGCCGGAGAGGAAGGAAACCUCUCAGGGAUUUCACUAUGAGGCCAAUGGUGACAUUAAAACAGUUACAGAGUUUAAUGGCUGUGAUAGGAGAAAACUGAGGAUGGAUCAACAACAUUGUAGUUACUCCACAAUACUAACCUAAUUAUCAGAGUGAAAAGAAGGAAGCCUGUGCAGAAUAAAAAUAUUCCAGAACAUGCAUUUUGUUUGCAACAAGGCACUAAAGUAAUACUGCAAAAAUUUGGCAAAGCAAUUUACUUUUUGUCCUGAAUAAAAAGUGUCAUGUUUGGGGCAAAUUCAAUACAACACAUUACUGAGUACCACUCCCCAUAUUUUCAAGCAUAGUGGUGGCUGCAUCAUGUCAUGGGUAUGCUUGUAAUCAUUAAGGACUGGGGAGUUUUCAGGAUAAAAAAGAUACUGAAUGGAGCUAAGCACAGGCAUAACCCUAGAGGAAAACCUGGUUCAGUCUGCUUUCCACCAGUCACAGCAGGACAAUAACCUACAACACAGGGCCAAAUCUACACUGGAGUUGCUUACCAAGAAGACAGUGAAGAUCUUUAUUUUUAUAAAUAAAUAUAUACAGUACCUGUCAAAGGUUUGGACACACCUACUCAUUAAAGGGUUUUUCUUUAUUUUUACUAUUUUCUACAUUGUAGAAUAAUAGUGAAGACAUCAAAACUAUGAAAUAACAAAUAUGGAAUCAUGUAGUAACCAAAAAAGUGUUAAACAAAUCAAAAUAUAUUUUAUAUUUGAGAUUCUUCAAAGUAGCCACCCUUUGCCUUGAUGACAGCUUUGCACACGCUUGGCAUUCUCUGAACCAGCUUUGUGAGGUAGUCACCUGGAAUGCAUUUCAAUUAACAGGUGUGCCUUGUUAAAAGUUAAUUUGUGGAAUUUAUUUCCUUCUUCAUGCGUUUGAGCCGAUCAGUUGUGUUGUGACAAGGUAGGGGUGGUAUACAGAAGAUAGCCCUAUUUGGUAAAAGACCAAGUCCAUAUUAUGGCAAGAACAGCUCAAAUAAGCAAAGAGAAAUGACAGUCCAAGAACUUUGAAAGUUUCUUCAAGUGCAGUCGCAAAAACCAUCAAGCGCUAUGAUGAAACUGGCUGUCAUGAGGACCGCCACAGGAAAGGAAGACCCAGAGUUACCUCUGCUGCAGAGGAUAAGUUCAUUAGAGUUAACUGCACCUCAGAUUGCAGCCCAAAUAAAUGCUUCACAGAGUUCAAGUAACAGACACAUCUCAACAUCAACUGUUCAGAGGAGACUGCAUGAAUCAGGCCUUCAUGGUCGAAUUGCUGCAAAGAAACCACUACUAAAGGACACCAAUAAGAAGAGACAUCCUUGGGCCAAGAAACACGAGCAAUGGACAUUAGACUGGUGGAAAUCUGUCCUUUGGUCUGUUGAGUCCAAAUGUGAGAUUUUUGGUUCCAACCGCCGUGUCUUUGUGAGACGCGGAGUAGGUGAAUGGAUGAUCUCUGCAUGUGUGGUGUGAUGGUGUGGGGGUGCUUUGCUGGUUACACUGUCAGUGAUUUAUUUAGAAUUCAAGGCACACUUAACCAGUAUGGCUACCACAGCAUUCUGCAGCGAUACGCCAUCCCAUCUGGUUUGCGCUUAGUGGGACUAUCAUUUGUUUUUCAACAGGACAAUGACCCAAAACACACCAGGCUGUGUAAGGGCUAUUUUACCAAGGAGAGUGAUGGAGUGCUGCAUCAGAUGACCUGGCCUCCACAAUCACCGGACCUCAACCCAAUUGAGAUGGUUUGGGAUGAGUUGGACCGCAGAGUGAAGGAAAAGCAGCCAACAAGUGCUCAGCAUAUGUGGGAACUCCUUCAAGACUGUUGGAAAAAUAUUCCUCAUGAAGCUGGUUGAGAGAAUGCCAAGAGUGUGCAAAUAUGUCAUCAAGGCAAAGGGUGGCUAUUUGAAGAAUCUCAAAUAUAAAAUAUAUUUUGAUUUGUUUAACACUUUUUUGGUUACUACAUGAUUCCAAAUGUGUUAUUUCAUAGUUUUGAUGUCUUCACUAUUAUUCUACAAUGUAGAAAAUAGUAAAAAUAAAGAAAAACCCUUGAAUGAGUAGGUGUGUCCAAACAUUUGACUGGUACUACAGUUGAAGUCGGAAGUUUACAUACACCUUAGCCAAAUACAUUUAAACUCAGUUUUUCACAAUUCCUGACAUUUAAUCCUAGUAAAAAUGCCCUGUUUUAGGUCAGUUAGGAUCACCACUUUAUUUUAAGAAUGUGAAAUGUCAGAAUAAUAGUAGAGAGAAUGAUUUAUUUCAGCUUUUAUUUCUUUCAUCACAUUCCCAGUGGGUCAGAAGUUUACAUACACUCAAUUAGUAUUUGGUAGCAUUGCCUUUAAAUUGUUUAACUUGGGUCAAACGUUUUGGGUAGCCUUCCACAAGCGUCCCACAAUAAGUUGGGUGAAUUUUGUCCCAUUCCUCCUGACAGAGCUGGUGUAACUGAGUCCAGGUGUCACGAUCGUUGACGAACGGGAAGGACCAAGGCGCAGCGUGAUAUGCAUUCAUGUUUAUUAACGACUAAACACACGACAAAACAACAAACGAAACGUGAAGUCCAAGGUAGCAUACAAACAACAUACCUUACACGGAACAAGAUCCCACAACUAACAGGUGCCAAAAGGCUGCCUAAGUAUGGUCCCCAAUCAGAGACAACGAGCUACAGCUGCCUCUGAUUGGGAACCACCCUGGCCAACAUAGAUCUAAACGAUCUAGAAACUAACAUAGACAAACCCAACACAGAAAAUACACACCCUGACUCAACAAAUACAAGUCCCUAGAGUCAGGGCGUGACACCAGGUUUGUAGGCCUCGUUUUUUCAGUUCUCCCCACAAAUGUUCUAUAGGGUUGAGGUCAGGGCUUUGUAUUGGCCAAUCAAAUACCUUGACUUUAUUGUCCUUAAACCAUUUUGCCACAACUUUUGAAAUAUGCUUGGGGUCAUUGGGGUCAUCAACUUCCUGACUAAUGUCUUGAGAUGUUGCUUCAAUAUAUCCACAUAAUUUUCCUUCCUCAUGAUGCCAUCUAUUUUGUGAAGUGCACCAGUCCCUCCUGCAGCAAAGCACCCCCACAACAUGAUGUUGCCACCCCUGUGCUUCACGGUUGGUAUGGUGUUCUUCAGCUUGCAAGCUGCCCCCUUUUUCCUCCAAACAUAACAAUGGUCAUUAUGGCCAAACAGUUCUAUUUUUGUUUCAUCAGACCAGAGGACAUUUCUCCAAAAAGUACGAUCUUUUGUCCCUAUGUGCAGUUGCAAACUGUAGUCUGGCUUUUUUAUGGCGGUUUUGGAGCAGUGGCUUCUUCCUUGCUGAGCGGCCUUUCAGGUUAUGUCGAUAUAGGACUCGUUUUACUGUGGAUAUAGAUACUUUUGUACAUGUUUCCUCCAGCAUCUUCACAUGGUCCUUUGCUGUUGUUCUGGGAUUGAUUUGCACUUUUCGCACCAAAGUACGUUCAUCUGUAGGAGACAGAACGCGUCUCCUUCCUGAGCGGUACGACGGCUGCGUGGUCCCAUGGUGUUUAUACUUGCGUACUAUUGUUUGUACAGAUGAACGUGGUACCUUCAGGCGUUUGGAAAUUGCUCCCAAGGAUGAACCAGACUUACGGAGGUCUACAAUUUAUUUUCUGGGGUCUUGGCUGAUUUCUUUUGAUUUUCCCAUGAUGUCAAGCAAAGAGGCACUGAGUUUGAAGAUAGGCCUUGAAAUACAUCCACAGGUACACCUCCAAUUGACUCAAAUGAUGUCAAUUAGCCUAUCAGAAGCUUCUAAAGCCAUGACAUCAUUUUCUGGAGUUUUCCAAGCUGUUUAAAGGCACAGUCAACUAAGUGUAUGUAAACUUCUGACCCACUGGAAUUGUGAUACAGUGAAUUAUAAGUGAAAUAAUUUGUCUGUAAACAAUUGUUGGAAAAAUUACUUGUGUCAUGCACAAAGUAGAUGUCCUAACCGACUUGCCAAAACUAUAGUUUGUUAACAAGACAUUUGUGGAGUGGAUGAAAAACUAGUUUUAAUGACUCCAACCUAAGUGUAUGUAAACUUCCGACUUCAACUGUAUAUGUAUAUGGGGGACUGGAAAUGAUGCAGCAGUUACAUUAAUAGAACCAGCAAUUUUAAAGGCAAUUCCCCCCCAUAUUCGUGAAUGUUCCUAAGUUACAGUUUUGACCAAAAUCUGCUUUGAAAUCUAUGCCAAGACUCUAGCAAUGAUCAACAACCAAUUUGACAGAGCUUGAAGAAUUUUGAGAAGAAUAAUGUGCUAAUAUUGUACAAUCCAGGUAUGCAAAGCUCUUAGAGACUUGUCCAGAAAGACUCACAGCUGUUAUCAGUACCAAAGGUGAUUCUAACAUGUAUUGACUCGGGUGUGAAUACUUAUGUAAAUUAGAUCUUUCUGUAUUUCAUUUUCAAUACAUUUGCUAACAUUUCUAAAAACAUGUUUUCACUUUGUCAUUAUGGGGUCUUGUGUGCAGAUGGAAGAGGAAAAAAAUCUAGUUAAUCCAUUUUGAAUUCAGGCUGUAGCACGACAAAAUGUAGAAUAAGUCAAGGGGUAUAAAUACUUUCUGAAGGCACUGUAAAUGUCUAUCAUGAUCUCCAAUCGCCAAACCCAAACGUUUCCAAAGCGUUUCCACCAUCAACAUGGUGUCUUCCUUCAUUAAUGUAAUCAAGCAGUUAGCUGGCGUUCGGCGUAGUAGUCACCGUGGAGAAAGUAAACGCGAACAAACUACAGACUCCAUAAGUUUCUUAUGGGCAAUGAUGUGUAAUUCGUUCCAAUUACACUUCAGAUAACAGCAGCCAUCAGAUGGGCUUAGUCAGUAGUGCUGCAUGCCUUGCCUGCUGUAAUUAAAUCUGGAAUCAAUAGAAAGAAUUUGUCAUGUUUACAGCCCCCCCCCCCCCCCCCUCUCUCUCUCGCUCUCUUUCUGCUGGGUUAAACUCAUCACCUUAGUGCUGCUGCUGUUGUGUUUUACUGCAGAGACACACUUCAUUAUGUUCCUUCGUUCUGCAGGUACAGCACAGUACAGUCAAGAUCACCAGGAUACAGCAGCACAAUGGAUACAGCAGCACAAUGAUCAAAUACUCUGGGAAUGAAUGGGGUUUAGAGAUGAGAAGAGGGCAGGCAGAGCGAGAGACAGUUACUCAGUCAUUGUUAUUUAUUUGAUUUCCAGAAGUGUCCAGUCAGUCUUUAAUUGUCUGUAUUUGGCCCUGUAUGCCCUAGAUUGUAAGACUCACACAUCCAGUAGUACACACUCACAAGCACACACAGAUAGUCUCACACACGUGUACUUGUUCUACCUAGUAAAUAACCUAUGACAAAAUAUGUUAUUGGAAAUUAAUUUUAAGCCUGUCAUAAUGCUGAGUAUACAGUAUGCCCUAAAUACAUACUGUACAUCUAUGGCUUCACUCCCAGGCCUAUUGGUUCAUGAGAAUGUUUAUCUCUCCUUUCUAUAGCAUAGCCUGGGACAGUGAUCCAUAUCUUUGAUCGCUCAGACAGUAGCUGACAUCCAACAUGUAGGCAGUGCAGUAUAACUGCUGCUUCAGCAUGUAUUGUUCCUUGGUAGGACUGCAGCAGCUCUCCUCCACUAGGGGUUUAUGGAACCAACCAUCAUGGUGGAACUCCUCAGUCAUACUGUGCUGCAACCUGCCAUGUCUCCUCAAUAUUCUCUGUGACUGUGGACCACACUCAUAAAUCCUGUCUAGUGCUUAAAAUUGUCAAGACACGUUGUUAUCAAUAUAUGUGAAACCGUGUAACUGAACGUGUGUGUGUGUGUGUGUGUGUGUGUGUGUUGUAGGAUGACCUAAAGGUAGCCCUAAGAGAAAACGUUGAGUUGGCCCAUGAGUACAGAGACCUUCAGAAAGUCCUGAUGAUCGCCAAGCAGGGGGCUGUUGGGGUGUUUGACGAGAGGAACCGAACAGAGGCAUCUUUUUAUGAUCACAAACAGGUAGGCUCUCUACUGAACGGUCUACUUCCUAAUGUUAUUAAAUUAUAGAGCUUUACAUUUUGAAUCACAAUAAUUGAAUCAUACAUUUAAAUCAUGAUAUGAUAUUAUAUGAUAUUAUGUUAAAUUAUAUUAUAUCCAGUUUGCCGUUUUGAUUGGAAUGUUUCUUAGCAUGGUCAGUAAUUUUCGGAUUGUUUUAGUUGGGUAACCAAUGAGGAGAUGACUGCAGUAAUCUGAUCUUGAUGAGAUAACCUUAGUGGAGGAGGAUGAUGGAUGUGAUAUAGUAGUAUUUCUGCCCAGGGGGAGAUUAGAGAGGGGAUAGGUGGAUGCAAUUCAUGCAAACUUAUAAAGACUAAGUUCACUAUGCAGUCUUGAAUGGCACUCUGAACUUGUGGGCCCUGGUCAAAAGUAGUGCCCUAGAUAGUACAAAGGAUGCCAUUUAGGAUGCAUAAUAAGUGUUUUUCAAGGUGUUCCAAGGUGACCUGUUUCAUUAUGUUUGUGUUACACAUUAGCUUCUGUUCACUAGGUGGCCAAUGGGCUAGGUGGCCAAUGGGCUAGGUGGCCAAUGGGAGGGAGACCCAUAGCAGGCACAGGUCAAUAAUAAAAAAAGAGAAUGCACUUUCAAUGCUAAUACUCCCAAAGGUCUUAAAUGAAAACUACAGAACAUCGUAUACUCCUAAAGGUGUUGAAUAGUUGUGAGAGAGGCUACAGAAAACAACAUUUGAACCGUUUUGGUCUUUAUGGACCGGGAAUUGCAGAUGAAGACCAUAUUCUAUAGCCUACACAGGAAAUAAAACAUGCACUGCUUCAAGCAAUAAGCAAUAGACAUGAUUUGUUUCCCCAAAAUGACUAACACCUUUACUUGAGCAAUUACUCAUCUGACUGAAUGAAUGUUAUCAAGUGAAAAAUGCAGAAAUUAAAUCCUGUGGACAGGAUUCUCCACGCUCAUGAUCAAAGCCUGAUUUUCUUUUACUCUGGAUUCAGCCUUCCUUAACCAUUUCUGUUUGUUUCAGCUCUACACAUAGACAUUUAGUACAGAACCACCUUCCAACAUCUCUAAUUUUCUCAUUCAAAAUAGAAACAGAUUGAAUGUAAUGAUAUAUAUAUAUAUAUAUUGCUGAUUUUCAUAUCCCUCUGACAAUCUCAUUUCUAUCAGUUGUUAUUCUCAAUACCCAAUGUUACAAGGUUUUAUUCAUAGUGGCUAGCUAACCUACUUCUGUCCCAGAGAAGAAAGACUAGCUUCAAAGGACCCAGCACACUAGUGGGAUCAUAUCAUAGCACACAUUGUUUGACAGCCCAUAGCAAUACUGUGUACUGGAAUGACAUGGCUCACUCCAAACAUGUAAGAAACUCUCAGUUGUUUGAAGAGCCUGUAAAAUGUUUGAUAUUCAGCAGAGGGAGCCAAUGGAAGCUCCUGCUAAGGCGCUCUACUGGUCUGACUCAUCAAGCCAAGGUUUACAGGCUUUGGCCUGUUAUAAUACAAACGUAGUUAGCACCAUAGUAGUAAGACAUUGUACACAAAGAUACAUUCUGAAUGUAUAGCAUUUGUAAUUAGUUGACAUUAUACAGUAAGUUCAUGUUACAAUUGGUUUAUUUUUUAAUCACCUGCACAUAGCUGAAUGUUUCAAUGCUCCAACCCAACACUUUUCUCAAAUGUUAGGCAAUAUCAAAAUAAAUGUUUUGUAUAUGGUUACCUACCAUACCUACCCCCUUCAACUAGCAUAGCACUAACCUAAAAGUGGUUUUCAAUGGCGAUGUGUUAUCUCCUCCAAUAGCAUCAGUUACUUUAUGGUUCAUGUAAGUGGCCUCUUAUCAUUGCAUGUAAGCAUUGUUUUGUUUAUGUGGAUGGAGCUCUCAGCAUAGGUUUUUAACAGGGCACACCAUGAAGAGAAUUCCUGUUAUUGUCUUUCCUUCAGCAGUAGAUGGCUGAGCUAAUUCGCUUUAGUUUCUCUAUGCACUGGGGAACACAUUGCCAAGCAAUGAUAAGCUUUGCAGGAGGAAAACAGAGAUGGAGGGAGAAAAAGCAAUGGCAUCUAUCAGAAUUGAAAGAAACCCCUUUGCUUGAAACUGUGUUCAAAUAAUAAAGCGAGCGAGAAUCAUAUCUUUCCAAUAGACUAGGAAUAAUUUCUAGUUUCGGUGGGGGGUUCAUGACUCUGUGUGUAUGUGUAAAAUAUGUCUUGAGGGGAUUGGUAUAAAGUUAAACUGGGUGAAGUAGAAAUAUUUUACUCAUCAGCUUUGCAGUCACAGAGUUUGCCUCGGCUAGAACAAAACUGCUGAAGCAUUUGGAGAAAAUUAACCCCCCAUCCUGGCAGCCAGAUGUGACUGGAUUCUGAUGACUGCACACGAAUGGGCAGAGAAACCAAGAGACUGUGAAAUUCCUGUCAGGCCUGUGUACUGCAGAAUGGGCUAUUGACUGCUUUCUCUAUUCCUCUCCAUCAUUCUUCUUGAACACUGCCAUUUAUUUCCUCUCCUGCCUUUCCAAUUCCUUUUUCUCUGUUCUCCUUUCCUUCCUUCUUUCUCCCUGUCUCCCCCCUCCUAGAUGUAUUUGUUGCAGAAGAGGAUGCACAAAGCUGUGGUGAAAUACUUCAGACAACGCAACCUCUAUAGCCAGGCUGAACUGGCCCGCUUCCAGACCCUCUCUAAUGAGAACAACCAGAAAAUAAAAACUGUCCAGGUAUGUAUGUUUCAUAGGACUUUCCCUUGUGAAUCCACACACAGACAACAUUACAACCAUUCCAGUUUAAUGGGUUUUUCUUGAAUUCUUAAAUCCGCCUGCCUACUCCUGCAGUAUAUCACAAUAUAUUUUUUUAAGUGUUGGGAGGAUUCAUGGGUUGAGUAGAUUUGAUUAAUGGGAGUAUAAUAAUUUAUAACAGUACAAUAACUUCAUGUAUUCAUGUAAUGCUGAGCAUGUGUGGCAUCCCAAAGUUAAAACAUGUUGAGCUGAGCGUCAUGCCUCCAUUGGCAGGGAACUAACCAGUCCACUAACCCACAGUAAAACAUUCACCAGUCUCCACGGCCGUCUGUAGCAUCAUCACACUAGAGUUAAAGACGCCACCAUCAACGCCGGCACAGUGAAGUGAUUGAUGACGUUUCGAUGCGAGUGCCUAUGGCAUGCGGUGACCCGGCAUCUGAGGCUAGCCCUUUCUCCUCUACAGAUAACUAUAUAUACAUUCACUCUGUUAGGUCGCAUAUUUAUUCACUACAUUACGUUUGGCUGUGUGGCUGCCUUAUGUUUAUUGUGUUGGGUGUUACUACUGGAUAGCUAUCUAUGGUACAACUUGGUUGAAUUACCCCUCGCUACCUUUCUUAUGUUUUGCUGAAAAAGUAUUAGACACGUAUUCUGAAUCUGCAGGGGUGCAUGGAGAAGUGGAGAUCUUCAAUUACUGGAUAAUGGUCGGCUAAUAUGUGGUGAGAUGUGAGAGGAGGUCAAAGCGGACAGAAGGAGAGUGAUGAAUCUUUAUCAAAUGUGCUGUCCUGUAGCCCCCUCACCGACCAUCAUACUGAAGCAGGCAGGUGCCAUUCUCACCGACCAUCAUACUGAAGCAGGCAGGUGCCAUUCAACCAUGGAACCAUUCACAUUCUCUCAUAGCCAUUAUAUUUUUAUCCAGAGGUGUUUCCAUUCAGCAUUGUUUCCUUCCCCCUGCUCUCUCUCCAGGUGUGACAGCCAGCCAUGUCUAUCAGCUGUUCCCAAUCUAGCACUACUAUUACCUAUGUCACAGUCCCACAGACUUAGACAAUACAUGUUUUGGCUAGGUCUUCAUUGCGAUUGAAAUUAUAAUUCCACUGAUUCUUUUCGAUCAGACUUCUUUCCAGAUAGAAUUGAUUUGACUUAAUUUCAGACCCUCUGUGUCUAGUCUUCUCUACACAGUGAGCAAUAACACAUCUAGUCAUUAUUUCCCUAUCCAUCCAUUCCUUCCCCCUUUUUAUUGCCAACAUGCUUUUUGAUGGGUGUUAUCCAGCCAGACAUUACAGCCAGUCAGUCAGGGAGGGAGGGAGCAGUCAUGUCUCCCAGGCCUAACCCCGAAGAGAGGAGGGGAGGCUCUAGGCAGCUGAACACAGAGCAGAGGGGAGAGCAGAGCAGGGAGGAGUGGAGCAUGGAGGAGGAGGAAAAGGAGGAGGAGGGAGGAGCUAUCAGGGAGCUGCAGAGUGUGAAGGACAAAAGAGCUGGUGUAUUGAAGCGCAGCACACCGUCACCCGUCACAGCCCAGCGUCCCUCAGAGCAGAGCACAGCAGCUACUCACAUUAAACCCCCAACCCGGCUCCUCCAGACUAGAGCAGGCUUUACUACGCACUACGCACAGCUUCCUUACUAAGCUUCCUUACUCAGGGUCCUUACUAAGAGUAGUGCACACCCCUUAGAAAGACCCCUUAGAGUAGUGCACACUUUAAGCACAAAGACCCUCAGAGUAACGUUCACUUUAAAACCAAAGCCCCUCAGCGAUGCACUGCAUACUUUAUACACUGAUGGUGAUGGCCUCAGAGCAGUUCCCACUUCGCACCAACAGAACAAACCAUAAUGAAACAAAUAUACCAAAAUGGAGUCCACAUGGAUUGAAUCCUGCUGGGUACUAUACUAAUCCAUAAUGUCCACUUAACCUCUUUCGCAGAACAUCAGAGAGGUCAGGUCUGCAUUUCCACCACCAAGGCACACUAACAUUAUGAAGCCAAAUGUUACUUAUUUUCUUGCUUUGCAGCAGCUUCAGAGGAGAAGGCAGUGGGCGGUGGGGGAACUUGGGGGGUGUGGGAUGGUGGGUGUGUGUGGUGGUGGGGGCGCUGUCAUCAUGUAACACCGCUGCCAGAACUGGCAGUUGAGUUUUUGUGUUCUGCCAGUUUACACCAGGGAUGGCGUAAUUGACAAUGGCUAACAGCGGCGAGGCUCACAGUGCAGAGUGCUUGUUGAAUAGCCAGUAAUGAUAGUAGCAGACGCCCACUAGCCCCGGUCUCCAGGGACAGUAAUCCAAGAUCCUGUUUCUGAUAUAAUUGUUAGUCAGAGAAUUUCUGCAUGGCUAGGCCAGUUCAGAUUCCCAAGUUGGUUGACAGUGCCAGGCAGUUUAAUAGAAAAACUGGAUGCUGAGGUUUUUAAAACACAGGCGCACUGAACCUGCACCAUGGUUCAACCAGGAGCCUCUCUCUAUUGCACUCGUUCUCGCUCUCUCCUUCCACAAAAUAAAGAUCAAGACGCUGGGCGUAACUUACUCUCACUAUCUCUAGACAGCACGUGGAGCAAGCAGCAAGUAGUGAAACAGACGGAGAGAGCAUCACAUCAACAGUAGAGUUGUGUUUGUCUACUGUAUGUCUGUCGUCAAAGCUGCUGCUCUCCCUCUAAUCUCCUCCACUCAACGUCGUCUGACGACUGUCGUCACUCUGUUUUCUUAAUUAGAUGGUAUUCAUUGAUUCUAUUUGCUCCCUUAUUCAAACAGGAGGAGUUGUCAGAAGCAAUCCAGUGCAUUUCUGCCUUUCUGCACUCUCUGGCAGAUGACUCAACUACCAUUGAUGAUGCUGCGACGAUGGCGACAGCAGCAGGGAACAAACAAGCAGGUCCGGAUGCCAUUGGGUUGAACAAGAAGAAGAUGCAUACAGUUCAGAUAACAGUGUAAUUGGACAUUCACCUGGUGCCAGACAACUUACUUACCCCAGCACGCUUCACUGACUCACUACCCCCCCCCCCCCCCCCCCCCCCCCCCCUCUCUUUUACCAGAAGCAGAUCCAUAACAAUGAAACAGGUGACUUUCAUGCUGCUGCCAGGACUGAUCUAA